AUGUUCGGCGGAGCUUCCAAGCCUGACAGCGAUUCCAAGAGCGAUGACAAGUCGCCUUCUCCCGAGCCAAGCCCCACCGCUGCGUCCGCCGUGCCCAUCAACAACGCCGACCAGGUGGCCAGCGGCGAGAAACGCAGCGGUAAUGGCAGCCCGCCCACUCGACAGGACGUCGGCGAGAAGAAGCGCAGGAGUAGUGGCGUCGGCAGCAAGGCCAGCAGCCUGCUAGCCUCGGCCAGGAACUCUCUCAACUUCUCCCAAGCCACCCGCUCCGGGUCGGAUUCCGGCGCUCAGACACUGCUGCAGAAGCUCGGCAAGCACGACCCUGCCCUCGGUGUGCCGCAGGGCCAACACAACAAUUCGGCCGGCGAAUCGGCCCCCGGGCCCAAGUCCACCUUCUACGUCGGUGUUUGCGAAGAAAGAAACAGGAGACACCGCCGGACGAUGGAGGACACCCACUCCUUUCUUAAAGACGACAAGGACGUCGCUGUAUCUGAGUCGGACAAUGGCUACUUUGCCAUCUUUGACGGCCAUGCCGGCUCAUUUGCUGCGGACUGGUGUGGAAAGAAGCUUCACAUUGUCCUGGAAGAGAUGAUACGAAAGCACCCCAGCAUGCCGAUCCCGGAGCUCCUGGACAUGACAUUUACAUCUGUUGAUUCUCAGCUCGAGAAGCUCCAAUACCAGUCUAAAAGGAUUAGCGGCUGUACGGCGGCUGUUGCGCUCAAGGGGCUCUCCAGUCGACAGCGCGUCUUGUAUACCGCCAACGUGGGAGAUGCUCGCAUCGUUUUGUGUCGUAACGGUAAAGCCUUGCGCCUAUCUUACGACCACAAAAGCAGUGACGAAAACGAAAAGAAACGAAUCGCCAACGCUGGCGGCAAGGUCGAGGGCUACCGUGUCGGUGGACUGGCUGUUAGUAGAGCGCUUGGAGAUCACUUAAUGAAGAAGCUCGUGACUGGCCACCCAUACACCACAGAAACAGUCAUACAGCAUGACCUUGACGAAUUCAUCAUUAUUGCUUGUGACGGGUUGUGGGAUGUCUGCAGCGAUCAAGAGGCCGUCGACCUUGUCCGAGAGAUUCACGACCCGGGCGAAGGAGCAAAGAUAUUGGUCGACCAUGCCCUCGAUCAAUUCAGCACCGACAACCUAUCAUGUAUGGUUGUGCGACUGGAUAAGGAGGCUCUCGCACGAAGCCAGGCCAGCCAGGAUGCUGAGCCCGAGGCAAACCAUGGUGCCGCCUCCAAAGUGAGCGAGGCAGACAAGAUCGUCAUGGAUACAAAGCAGAAGAUUGCCGACGGUCAAACCCCCGCGGUGGGUGUAUCAGCUAGCAACUCCGCAAACGAGGGGGACUUUGUGCCUACGACGCUGAGCGAUGCGCUUGUUGAGGAGCCUAUUGCCAUUGAGGACAGCGACAGUCCCGAGCUGAUUUCUCUUGACACUUCCAUUGGCAAGCCAGCUGCUGCUGCUGCCCAAGAGUCAAAAGACGAGUCAAAAGAGUUGGCAGACGUCUAGGACUCGGGAACCCUUGCCAUCCAGCCAAAGGCCGUCUGACUGUACCUCAAAAUCGCCCAGACGAGCUGGCCAGCUAGACUAGGCAAGGAUGGGGAAAUGAGAGGCAUGACAUGAUUAGAGCAUACGACGAUGCCUCCAUGUUAUAGGAGGAAAGAAUCCCGGUGGUGUUUGGCCCAGGUUUGAGUAAAUCACACAGUACUACAGAAGGGACAGAGACAGGCGAUGAGGCUGGUAUCUCAUGGAGGGGUUGGGCAUUGGGGCGCAUGUUUGGACCAAGAUGAUGUUGGCAAAGUAUUUGUUUUUGUACGCUAUGCUACCUGUAUCUAUAUGUACGUGGGCCAUUUUAAUGCAAUAGUUUAAG